CUUCGGCUGCUGCUCCUGGUGCCGCCACAGUCCGCCGGUGCCUGUUGCUGCCGCCGCCGCGGGACCCGCUGUGUCCUCAGCCGGGUGGAGAAGAGAGGGGCGCAGAGCCGACGGGAGCCCCUUCCCCGGCCCCCAGCGGCGGGAAGAGCGCAGCCAGCCCGGCACGAUGGACGCCCCGCCCGCCCAAGCCGUCCCCAGGAUGCCCCCAAGCACCUGCGCGUCCCGGCCUGGCCCCGGGCUCUGAGCGCGCCGCGGCUCAGGUUUCUGCAUAUGAAGUGUGUAAAAUAGAUUGCUUGAUCUAAAACAGAAAAACAGCGGUAACUGUUUUGCUGAGUUCCCAGACCCUUCCCAAGAUGGAACCAAUAACAUUCACGGCAAGGAAACAUCCGCUUCCUAACGAGGUCUCGGUGGACUUUGGCCUGCAGCUGGUGGGCUCCCUGCCUGUGCAUUCCCUGACCACCAUGCCCAUGCUGCCCUGGGUUGUGGCCGAGGUGCGAAGACUCAGCAGGCAGUCCUCCAGAAAGGAACCUGUAACCAAGCAAGUCCGACUUUGCGUUUCUCCCUCUGGACUGAGAUGUGAACCUGAGCCAGGGAGAAGUCAACAGUGGGAUCCCCUGAUCUGUUCCAGCAUCUUUGAGUGCAAGCCUCAGCAUGUUCACAAACUGAUUCACAACAGUCAUGACCCAAGUUACUUUGCUUGUCUGAUUAAGGAAGACACCGUCCAUCGGCAGAGUAUCUGCCAUGUGUUCAAAGCCGACGAUCAAACAAAAGUGCCUGAGAUCAUCAGCUCCAUCCGUCAGGCGGGGAAGAUCGCCCGGCAGGAGGAGCUGCACUGCCCUUCUGAGUUCGAUGACACGUUUUCCAAGAAGUUCGAGGUGCUCUUCUGCGGCCGCGUGACAGUGGCGCACAAGAAGGCUCCGCCAGCCUUGAUCGACGAGUGCAUCGAGAAGUUCAAUCACGUCAGCGGCAGCCUGGGGUCCGAGAGCCCCCGCCCCGCCCCGCCCCAUGCCACGCCCACAGGGAGCCAGGAGCCUGGGCGCAGGCCCAUGCGCAAGUCUUUCUCCCAGCCCGGCCUGCGCUCUCUGGCCUUUAGGAAGGAGCUGCAGGAUGGGGGUCUCCGAAGCAGCGGCUUCUUCAGCUCCUUCGAGGAGAGCGACAUUGAGAACCACCUCAUUAGCGGACACAAUAUUGUGCAGCCCACAGACAUCGAGGAAAAUCGAACUAUGCUCUUCACGAUUGGCCAGUCUGAAGUUUACCUCAUCAGUCCUGACACCAAAAAAAUAGCAUUGGAGAAAAAUUUUAAGGAGAUAUCCUUUUGCUCUCAGGGCAUCAGACAUGUGGACCACUUUGGAUUUAUCUGCCGGGAGUCUUCUGGAGGUGGCGGCUUUCAUUUUGUCUGUUACGUGUUUCAGUGCACAAAUGAGGCUCUGGUGGACGAAAUUAUGAUGACCCUGAAACAGGCUUUCACAGUGGCCGCAGUGCAGCAGACGGCUAAGGCGCCAGCCCAGCUGUGCGAGGGCUGCCCCCUGCAGGGCCUGCACAAGCUCUGCGAGAGGAUAGAGGGAAUGAAUUCUUCCAAAACAAAACUAGAACUGCAAAAGCACCUGACAACAUUAACCAAUCAGGAGCAGGCGACUAUUUUUGAAGAGGUUCAGAAAUUGAGACCAAGAAAUGAACAGCGAGAGAAUGAAUUGAUUAUUUCUUUUCUGAGAUGUUUAUAUGAAGAGAAACAGAAAGAACACAUCCAUAUUGGGGAGAUGAAGCAGACAUCGCAGAUUGCAGCAGAGAAUAUCGGAAGUGAAUUACCACCCAGUGCCACUCGAUUUAGGCUAGAUCUGCUGAAAAACAAAGCAAAGAGAUCUUUAACAGAGUCUUUAGAAAGUAUUUUGUCCCGGGGUAAUAAAGCCAGAGGCCUGCAGGAACACUCCAGCAGUGUGGAUCUGGAUAGCUCCCUGUCUAGUACAUUAAGUAACACCAGCAAAGAGCCAUCUGUGUGUGAAAAGGAGGCCUUGCCCAUCUCUGAGAGCUCCUUUAAGCUCCUCGGCUCCUCGGAGGACCUGUCCAGUGACUCAGAGAGUCAUCUCCCAGAAGAGCCAGCUCCGCUGUCGCCCCAGCAGGCCUUCAGGAGGCGAGCAAAUACCCUGAGUCACUUCCCCAUGGAAUGCCAGGAACCUCCACAACCUGCCCGGGGGUCCCCGGGGGUUUCGCAAAGGAAACUUAUGAGGUAUCACUCAGUGAGCACAGAGACGCCUCAUGAACGAAAUGUGGAUCCUUCACCUGUGGGUGAGUCUAAGCACCGCCCAGGUCAGUCUUCAGCUCCUGCUCCUCCACCUCGUCUUAACCCCUCCGCCUCCUCGCCAAACUUUUUUAAGUACUUAAAACAUAAUUCCAGUGGAGAACAAAGUGGGAAUGCUGUGCCAAAGAGCAUCUCCUACCGUAAUGCCCUGCGGAAAAAACUUCAUUCUUCUUCCUCUGUGCCAAAUUUUCUAAAAUUUCUGGCUCCUGUAGAUGAAAAUAACACCUCUGACUUUAUGAACACCAAAAGGGACUUCGAAUCCAAAGCAAACCAUCUUGGUGAUUCUGGUGGGACCCCUGUGAAGACCCGGAGGCACUCCUGGAGGCAGCAGAUAUUCCUCCGAGUAGCCACCCCGCAGAAGGCGUGCGAUGCUUCCAGCAGAUACGAAGAUUAUUCAGAGCUGGGAGAACUUCCCCCACGAUCUCCUUUAGAACCAGUUUGUGAAGAUGGGCCCUUUGGGCCCCCGCCAGAGGAAAAGAAAAGGACAUCUCGUGAGCUCCGAGAGCUGUGGCAAAAGGCUAUUCUUCAACAGAUACUGCUGCUCAGAAUGGAGAAGGAAAAUCAGAAGCUCCAAGCCUCCGAAAAUGAUUUGCUGAACAAACGCCUGAAGCUCGAUUACGAAGAAAUUACUCCCUGUCUUAAAGAAGUAACUACAGUGUGGGAAAAGAUGCUUAGCACUCCAGGAAGAUCAAAAAUUAAGUUUGAUAUGGAAAAAAUGCACUCGGCUGUUGGGCAAGGUGUGCCACGUCAUCACCGAGGUGAAAUCUGGAAAUUUCUAGCUGAGCAAUUCCACCUUAAACACCAGUUUCCCAGCAAACAGCAGCCAAAGGAUGUGCCAUACAAAGAACUCUUAAAGCAGUUGACUUCCCAGCAGCAUGCAAUUCUUAUUGACCUUGGGCGAACCUUUCCUACACACCCAUACUUCUCUGCCCAGCUUGGAGCAGGACAGCUGUCGCUUUACAACAUUUUGAAGGCCUACUCACUUCUAGACCAGGAAGUAGGAUAUUGCCAAGGUCUCAGCUUUGUAGCAGGCAUUUUGCUUCUUCAUAUGAGCGAGGAAGAGGCGUUUAAAAUGCUCAAGUUUCUGAUGUUUGACGUGGGGCUGCGGAAACAGUAUCGGCCAGACAUGAUUAUUUUACAGAUCCAGAUGUACCAGCUCUCAAGGUUGCUUCAUGAUUACCACAGAGACCUCUACAAUCACCUGGAGGAGCACGAGAUCGGCCCCAGCCUCUACGCCGCCCCCUGGUUCCUCACCAUGUUUGCCUCACAGUUCCCGCUGGGAUUCGUAGCCAGAGUCUUUGAUAUGAUUUUUCUUCAGGGAACAGAGGUCAUAUUUAAAGUGGCUUUAAGUCUGUUGGGAAGCCAUAAGCCCUUGAUUCUGCAGCAUGAAAACCUAGAAACCAUAGUUGACUUUAUAAAAAACACGCUACCCAACCUGGGCUUGGUACAGAUGGAAAAGACCAUCAAUCAGGUAUUUGAGAUGGACAUUGCUAAACAGUUACAAGCUUAUGAAGUUGAGUACCAUGUCCUUCAAGAAGAACUUAUCGAGUCCUCUCCUCUCAGUGACAACCAAAGAAUGGAUAAACUAGAGAAAACCAACAGCAGCUUACGCAAACAGAACCUUGACCUCCUUGAACAGUUGCAGGUGGCAAAUGGUAGGAUCCAAAGCCUUGAGGCCACCAUUGAGAAGCUCCUGAGCAGCGAGAGCAAGCUGAAGCAGGCCAUGCUUACCUUAGAGCUGGAGCGGUCUGCCCUGCUGCAGACGGUGGAGGAGCUGCGGCGUGGGAGCGCAUCACCCAGCGACCUCCGAGAGCCUGAGUGCACGCAGCCCGAGCCCACAGGCGACUGACAGCUCUGCAGGAGAGAUUGCAACACCGUCCCACACUGUCCAGGCCUUAACUGAGAGGUUCGGAAGACGCUGGAGGGAGAGAAGGAAGCGGAAAGUGUGCUUCUCAGGGAGGAAACCGGCUUGUCAGCAAGUAGAUUCUUACGAACUCCAACUUGCAAUUCAGGGGACAUGUCCCAGUGUUUUUGUUGUUGUUUUUAGCUACUAAAUCGUCCCUUCUCCAGUCCUGAUUACUGUACACAGUAGCUUUAGAUGGCGUGGACGUGAAUAAAUGCAACUUAUGUUUUCUUGUUGGUUCCUUUUCGAGUAUCACUGUGUUUGUAAAGAGCAUUCACAAUACUGUGGAAUUUCAAAAGCUGGAAGAGCUCGAGAUCAUUCCUCAGGCAGAGGCGUGGGUCCAUCAUUCUUCCAAGAGGGUUUGUGUGACAACUGCACCCUCUGUCACUGGCAAGGUGCAGUUGGCUCUCGCCCAUUCUUGUCAUGGAAACCUAAGAUGAUCAUUGGGAAGAAUGGAAAGUGAUUUAUUUAAUUUGGAUAUCCUGAUCACUGUCAAGUGAAAUUGAUCUCUCUGGUAUUUAAGACAGUUUGUCUUUAAAAAAAUACAGAAUGUUUUCAUACAUUUUUGCUUAUCCCAUAAGUACAGUUGAUCAAAGUCAGAGUAGGUAAAUGCUUAUGGGACAGUUGACACCUUUUAGACUCUACCAGGUAUUGCUAGUAUGUGAGCUGCAGUUGUGGGGUCUGAGAUAUUUCUUUGUGGUAGUUUCAUACCCAUGCUAUAGAGUCAUGUAUUUAUUUUUGCCUGUUGUGUGAUGUAAUGCAAUCAUGUUCCUUUGAGUCUCCAUCCCUUGGAAACCUGAUUUCUUGCAGAAGGAGCAGGCACAUCAAGAUAUUCAGGGGUGCCCCAAGAGUCUGGGAUUUUCAAAAAAAAAGAUCAGGCUGAAGCUGCAAUCAGAUUUAUGACAGCUGACAGUUUUUCAGAGGUCGCAUACAGUGACUCUCCUCUCUCAGGAUGACGAGGAUCUGUGCCUUUAACAAGCAAAAUGCUGCUCACGGUUGUCCUGCUUGCAGCCAGUCACUGUGUAAAGCCUCUCUGAUGUGCAUGUAAGAGUGGGUUGCUUUCUUACAAAGAUGGGGUUCUGUGCAGUCACAGGCCACUUCCUUGACAACACCAUCAUUUCUGAUCUUUAUUACUGUAACCACUUCUUCUAUUCCAUAGGAGUUUCUUUUGAUUCUCUCAGUUGUUGUGGGGGUGUCUCUUAAUCCCGGGGUAAAAGGAGAAUUUGCCAUACUUAGACUCAUUAUGAGUCUCCCCUGCCAUUUCACGAGGAGACCACAGUGCUGCCCCCAGUGCCUAAACCAGGUGGCUGGCGUUCGAGACUUCCUCUUGUUCCUGGGUCAGAGGAGAGCGGUUUCCAUCAUAAACCAAGAUGAUGAGUUCAGCCUUUAUCCCUAGUGGUUCCACUAGAUGUAACUUAAAGGAGUGAACAUUCGAGGACUUUGUUCUACAUCAGAUUUUACUAUUUGAAUGUUUACUGUUGGAUUUUGGACAUCUUAUUACUGUUACUCAAAAACAUUGACUCUGCAUCAAGUAAGAAACACGAAAGCAAUAAAACAAGAAAUAAUUCA